ACGAUUCCGCUUCUCCGCUUCCAAAAUAAAUAACCAGAUAGUACCCUUCACACACGCCAUUUGCAUUUUCUCUCGAGUGUUGUUUUUUCCUUUCUCUCAAAGAUGGCUCAGGAAGAUGUUGCUUCGGUUGUUGAGAAGUCUGUUACCUUCACCGCGUACAAGCCCCAGCUGAUCGUGGAGUCUCAGAGGGUCGGUGACGCUGUUGCCUUCUACAAGACCGUGUUUGGUGCGGAGGAGACUGGACACUCUCUCUACCCUAAGCGUAAGGCUGACCAAGAGCUUCCUCACCUUGUCUCUGCCGAGCUCAAGCUCGCUGGCACUACCGUCGUUGUUUCUGACGUCUCCGUUAACUCUAAUGCGAAGAUAGGGACUAUGCCUGCGAUUCUCGAAACUGAUGACGUGGAAGCUGCUGUUAUGAAAGCCGUUGGCGCCGGAGCUGUCAAAGUGGAGGAGGAGGUUGAAGGUGGAGUCAAGGGUAAAGUGACGGAUCCCUUCGGUUUCACAUGGAUCUUUGUUUCUCCGGCGAAGAAGAGUGAGAACGACGAGACCAAAGAGGUCUAACUGUCGUCGUUGUCUGAUCGGUUUCUGAACAAACUUUUAUUAUCCUAGUCUGUUUAUGCUUUUAGUUUGUCUUUUUGUGGAAUCUCCGGUAUCAAUAAACCGGAUCGGUUAGCUAAAUGACUUUAUUUCAAGUUUAAUUUUCACCCAUUUUGACAAUACUUUGGUGAAAGAAAACAAAAAUUAAUCUCGGAUGUUAAUGUUCAGUUGAUUUAUGCUUCUCUUAUAUAUUUUCCAUAUUCUCUGUAGUUUUAUGUCA